AAUGACCGAUGAGGAAGAGCGCCUGCGGAGGGCGACGAAAAGCGUCGUCGGUAGAGCGCACAUUCAGUCACGAAGAGAGAAACACAGACAGUCCGCGUUCAGACACCGUAACGCGACGUUUUCGAUGGUGUUAUGGUGACGAGGUGGGAUAUUUCGUAGACUCUUUUUUCAAUAAAAGAGUCAACGAAAAUAUAUAAAAGAGGAUUUUGUUUUCUAUUUAAAAUUCAUUUUAUUCUACACACAAACAAUAUAUAUUUCAAAUUACGAAUAAUAUAAAAUAUCUUUCCUGUGAAAAACUAAAGGUGAGAAAAAGGGGGGCAGAAAAAAAAAAAAACACGAAGAAAAGAAAGUUUUCGUUUAAACCGAAUUAUACAAUCGAUCCAAUUGUUAUUUAACCGGUGAAUUCAAUCAAAGAAGAAGAAGAAGAAGAAGAAGAAGAGAAAAAUAAUUCGAAUUAGGACGAAAUUUAUUUUGUCCUAUUUUAAAAUUUCAAAUUCUCGAUAAGAGAACGACAAAAACUAAGAAAAAAGAGAGAGAGUCCAACGUGUUUAACGUGCUUUCACGGUGAAGACAUUGAUCACUCAUAUCUCUCUCUCUCUCUUUAACAUUUUCUAUUUCUAUCUCUCCCUCUCUCUCUAUCAGGUUACAUAGAAAUAAAUGUAUUAUUAUUCUCUAUAACGAUGGGCCAGAAAUUACGAGAUUUCUUAACAGGCUUCUUGUUCGUCGUCUUAGGAGUUUUCACGAUCACGAGUGAUGCCAGGUCAUGGGAUAUCGCAAUUGUGAUUGGAGAUGAGAUAAAUUUUUUUUCACAAAAUCGAACUUUGAUUGGUGAAGCUACCGUAGCUGGAGCGGUCUCGUUAACAGGAAUAGCUUACGAUGAUAAAACAAGGACAGUUUAUCUCAGUGAUCCUACAAACAACGUAACGAUAUUUAGUAAUGACUUAACUACGAAAAAUUUAACAUCUAAACCACUAUUACUGGAACAGGAUACAACGUAUAUCGUGGCGAUGGCAUUUGAUUCAACAUCUCGUACACUUUUCUGGUGUGAUGCCUAUAACAAAACAAUCAUGAAGAUGCACGUGCCGACAGUAGGCCCACCUGAGAAACCAGUCCUUCUGCAUACACUCAAAGGAAUUCCACGUGGUAUAGCACUUGACACAUGUAACAGUCACGUUUACUGGACCAACACCGACAAACAAAAUCCGAGUGUCGAAAGAUCGAACAUGGACGGUACAAAUCGAACUGUCGUAAUAACGAAAAAUCUUUACGAACCAAUGGGUAUAACAAUCGAUCAUAAUGAAGGUAAACUUUAUUGGUCUGACGAUGAAGAAGGUAUACACUUUAAAAUCGAACGUAGCAACUUAGACGGUACAGAACGUGAACUGAUAUUCCACAAUAGAAAUCAUCAACCCGUUUAUUUAACCAUCGAUAAGGAUUUCAUUUAUUGGUGUGAUUGGGUACACUCAGCUAUUUGGAUGAUGCCUAAAAAUAUAACAAAUCCUGAUUUACCAAUCAGAUUUAAAUCCUUUGUCAAAUCUAUUAAAAAUGUUAAUCCUAAUGCUGUUAUCUCACGCGACAACGUUGAUACCAUCGAUUGCGAUGCUAUACUCAAAAAACGAUCCGGAAAAUUGGAUGUUUCGGAAAUAACAAAAAAAGCAACUCUCCUAGAAUCUUAUAAUAAUUUAACAACUAGUACGGAAGAAGUUGAAUCGGAUAAUUAUCAAACGUGUUUAAACAAUGGUUUCUUCGAUCGUACUUUACGUACUUGUCGUUGUAAAUCUGGUUACACGGGUACUAUGUGCGAAAUUUCCCUCUGCCACAAUUACUGUCUACAUGGUGGUGAAUGCAUCGUUACGAGUUUCGGUGAAGUCAAAUGUCUAUGCAAUGGUACGUUUGCCGGUAAACGAUGUGAAAUAAAUCUUUGCGAAGAUUAUUGUCUCAACGAUGGCAUAUGUUUCGUCCACGCAACUUUUCCUAUCUGCGAAUGCAAAUUUUCGAGUGGAACACGUUGCGAGAUUCUUAACGAAACACCUAAAUUGGAAAUACCUGAAGUGGAUGCUGCACCUACGUUGAGUCUAUCUAAAUUCGAAAACACCGAUACAAAUUCCACUUGCAGAUGUAACGAGAACAACAAUACCUCGGAAAAGAUGAUUAAUCAAAAUGAAAAUUGUCAAUCGAAGACAUUAAUAUUUGUACUUAUCGGUCUAAUAGUUGUACUUAUUAUAAUGAUCGUCGUAAUGAGUUUCUAUUUGAACAAAUUACGUCGUCGUCCAAGAAUCAAGAAGAGAUUUGUAGUUAGCAAGAGUGGUGUUACGCCAUUAACAUCCAGACCGCAACUAACGGAUAAUCAAUGCGAAAUAACUAUAGAAAAUUGCUGCAACAUGAAUAUCUGCGAAACACCAUGUUUCGAACCAAAAUUACGAACACCGAUGGCAAAGAAUAAUAAUGCGAAAAAGGAUGAGAAGAAUUCUCUGUUGGAUAAUAUGGAAGGAAAUUCGUGCUAACACAAACUAAUUAAUCGUCUUCUUAUUAAAUGACGAAAACUCGAUGACGGAUUCCACGACGACGUAAGCUUCUCGCGAAAUUUUUAUUCGCGGUGAUAGAUACGUCUGGUUUGUUGUAUGUCUGUCCGUUUGUCUCUACGAUGUGCGUGUACAUAUAUAAGAACAUUAACAUAUUUCGCUAAAAAAAAAAAGGAACAGAAAAGAAAUUCUAUCUACUAGUAUUGUUGUUAAGUUUGGUGAAUGAAGAAAUCGUGUAAAGUGUGCUACUUGCACGUUAUGGGGGAGGGGGGGUCAAGAUAAAAAUUAAAACAAAACUAAAAAAGAAAGGUAGACAAGAAAAGGGACUAAAGUCAAAACAAAUGUCUUUAAAAGAAAC